CUUUGAAGAUUUCAACUGCCGAGCGGAUCUUCCGCCAGCAGUCGGGAGCGCGUCGAGUGGCUGGUUGAUGCUCUCAAGACGUAUCCAUCUCAUUGAUAAAGUGCAGACGAACCCUGGAGGAUGGUGGAGAAGCGAGGAAGCAAGAUCGCGAUUGCGCCGCAUACGCUUGAGUUUGCGCCUGCGUGCAAGCAACUAUCGUUGGUUCUGUUGGCCAUCUUCGUCAUCAGCUUCACGGUUACCUGGUACAAAGUUUGGUGGGAUACGCUCAUCAGCAUCGGGGUAAUGGCCUACGGCUAUUGGGUACUGAGAGACACCAACCCGGCAAACCUUGAUCCAACUCGAGUGCGCCGCUUCCACUACGGCACGAUCCUCAGCUUGGUCUGUCACAUCAUCGCAGUAGGCGAGACCACAUACAUGGUCAUCAAGCUGUACUUGCUGGACAAAAUCGUCGACGUCGAGGAAGGUCCAGGCGUCCCGCUCUUCGUGUUCCUCUACUUGUUCCUGCUGUUCGAAAUCGGUGUCACGUCCUUCGCAGUGGAGAGGACGUAUAACCUUUGCCAGGAGAUCUCGCGCAACGAGUAUUUCUUGCAGAGCGAGGCUCGCGUGUAAUCGACGACAACUAGCGCAAUAUCUCUAUUGGCGUACGCAGAGUUUUUAUCUAACGUUAGUUGGUAGCUGUGUCAUAGCACUCAUUUCCUUGAUUUGUAGUGUUCUCAAGCAUCCAAGUCCCGUUCAGUCAGACCAUAAGACAACACAUUUAUUCAUCAUACUUCUCUUCCUGCA